GACGAAUGAUGGUGAUAACAUAGGAUUCUCGCCAGAGGGAAACGUAUUAGCCGCCUGUGGAGGGAGAAGGAGAUGACGACGAAUUCUCAGUAAAAAAUAAGGAGAUGACGACUUCUUCUCGCCGGAGAAGAAGGACAUGACGUAGUUAACGGCGGAUUCUCACUGGAGAAGAAGGAGAUGGCGUAGUUGUCAAAGUGGAGGGGUUACAUGGAAAUUCAAGAGUAAGAGCAGUGAACUUGGGUGGUUGGUUCGUUGUAGAGGGAUGGAUAAAGCCUUCUCUUUUUGAUGAUAUACCUAAUGGAGACAUGCUUGAUGGAACACAGGUCCAAUUCAAAUCUAUGACACUACAAAAGUACAUUUCUGCACAGAAUGGUGGAGGCUUGAAUGUCUCUGUGGAUAGAGAUAAUCCAUUAGAAUGGGAAACUUUCAAGUUGUGGAGAGUUUCUGAGUCAGUCUUUCAGUUUAGAACUGCUGAAGGGCAAUUCCUGACAUGCAGUGGAGAUGGAGCUAGUGUGACUGCAACAGCCGAGUCUCACUCUGAUUCAGAAACAUUCUAUCUUGAAAGGAACUCCAAUAAUAGAGUUCACAUCAAACUGAAAAAUGGAACUUAUUUACAGGCCUCAAAUGACAAUGUUCUCACAGCAGACUUUCGGGGGACACCAGGUUGGGAUAUGGGCAUGACAAGGCAAAAGAAGUUCUUAAGACACGGAAUAAAUACUGUUAGGAUUCCUGUUGGCUGGUGGAUAGCUUCUGAUGCAAAUCCUCCGGCUCCUUUUAUUGGUGGAAGUUUAGAAGCUCUUGAUAAUGCAUUCUCGUGGGCGCAAGCUUAUAACAUAAAGUGCAUAAUCGACCUUCACGCGGCCCCCGGUUCCCAAAAUGGGAUGGAACAUAGUGCUAGUAGGGAUGGCACAGUAAACUGGAAGACAUCUCCCGAAUACGUCUCACAAACAUUGGAUGCUAUAGAGUUUUUAGCUUCCAGGUUUGCCAUGCAUCCUGCCUUGCUGGGAAUCGAGCUUCUAAAUGAGCCAUCUGCUGCAGAUGUCCCACUGGAUAUUCUGGUGCCUUUUUAUAAGAAGGGAUACCAAAUUGUUCGAAAAUAUUCACCAACAGCUUACGUGAUAUUUUGCCAAAGAAUUGGCAAUGCUGAUCCAUUUGAACUUUAUCAAGCUAACAUAGACUCGUUAAACACAGUAGUUGAUUUGCACUACUACAAUCUCUUUGACAGAUACUUUGACAAACUGACCUCUGUGGAUAAUGUUCAAUUUAUAUACAAGAGUAGACAAUCCCAAAUACAGGCUUUGAACAGCGCCAACGGACCAUUGGUGUUUGUCGGUGAGUGGGUGAACGAAUGGAAUGUGACUAACGGUUCCUUGGCGGAUUACCAGGAUUUCGGAAGAGUUCAGUUAGAUGUAUAUGAUUCUGCCUCUUUUGGAUGGUCUUACUGGACAAUAAAAUGCGAAAAGAAGCACUGGGAUUUCGAGUGGAGUGUUCGGAACAAUUAUCUUCAACUGCAACCAGGUAUGUAUGUAGGUAAUUCAUCAAGGAAGAGGAUAUCUAGAGUUAUACUGUUACUUGGAUUGGUAAGCAUUUGGACCUUUCUACAUUAGAAGAGCCAAGAAGAAUUUUUGAAUCCAAGCAUGAAUGAUGGGAUUGAGAAACAACUAUUCUUUGUGAAUGUAGUCUACCUUCAGCUCCAAAUAUUUUGCAGAUACAGGUGAGCGCACACGCACAGCACGUUAUGAUAUUGUAAACCUUAAUAGGAAUUUUCAUUCAUUUGCAAAAAUAUGAGAAAUGAUAUCGUGAAUUCUUUCAGCGUUCAUGUGUUACUCCUCUAUGGACUUGACUUCUACAGACUCGAUACGAAUUUUCAUUCGUUUGCCAAAAAUAUGAGAAAUAUACUGUUCACCUUUUCA